UUAGUUUGUCAACAGUGCCGGCGAACAUGGAUGCAGCGGACACAACAGCAACGAGUGACGAAGCUGAGGCUUGCAUUGACCUGUUGGUCAUAGUGUUGGACACAAAUCCAUCGCAGCACAUUGUGCGACAGAAUCCCCAAAAUCUCACACAAAUUUUGGAAGCCGUCAUCGCAUUUGGCAAUGCGCAUCUCAUGCAAAAGGCCCAAAACAAAUUGGCCGUAAUAUCCUGUUCACAUCAUGCAACAGACUUUCUCUAUCCAUUGCCUGGUCGGCAGGUGGAGCUGCGUCAGGUUGAUGGUCAAUAUGAGGCAUUCAGCUUGGUGGAGAAGACCGUGAAGCAGCAAUUGGGCAGCAUCUUAAUGAGUGCACCGCGACUGAGCUCUCCCUGCGAAAGUCUGCUGGCCGGCAGCAUGUCCAUGGCCCUUUGUUACAUAUCCCGUUUGCAACGCAAUGUUGUCGCUGGCGUCAAGAUGCAUUCACGCAUUCUGGUGCUAACGGGCAGCAAUGAGUGCGCCUCUCAGUACAUGACCUACAUGAAUGUCUUCUUUACGGCCCAAAAACUAGGCAUUGUGAUUGACACCUGCGCUCUGGACAAGACACUCAGCCUGUUGCAACAAGGCUGUGAUAUAACGACUGGACAAUUCCUCAAGGUUACACAGUUGGAUGGCUUGCUGCAGUAUCUAUUAUGGGUUUUCCUGCCAUCUCCACAGAUGCGUCACAAAUUGGUGUUGCCGCCACCGCCUAAAGUUGACUAUCGAGCCUCUUGUUUCUGUCAUCGCGAACUCAUCGAUAUUGGCUAUGUUUGCUCCGUCUGUCUGUCCGUCUUUUGCAAAUACAGUCCCAUUUGCACCACAUGCCACACAAUCUUCAAGACACCUGGACCACUGCCCAUAAAGCCCAAGAAGAAAAAGAAGACUGAGAAACAAAUGUGAACAACAUAACCAUGUUGAUAUAUAUAUAUAUAUAUUAUGCAUUAAGUACAUCCAGGGCAUAAGGUAUCUUCACUCGAUUCACCCUUGCUAGUAAUUAAAAACAAUCAAAUUUGGAUUUCUUCAA